CAAACACACCAAGCAAGCAGCAUUUUUCACUACUAAUUAAUUACCCGCAUUCAAUUGUUGAGAGUGCUAAUUAUUAAGUUUGAAAAAAUGGCCAAGUUUGGUGCAUACUCAAUUGCCCUUGUUCUCACAUUGAACAUUCUUUUCUUCACUAUGGUUAGUUCCACUAAUGUCCCAUGCCCACCACCCCCACACCACAAACCCCACCCUACCCCUACCCCUACCCCUACCCCCUCUACCCCAUCAACCCCAUCAUCAAAGGGUAAGUGCCCAAAGGACACACUUAAGCUAAAAGUGUGUGCCAAUUUGUUGAAUGACUUAGUUCACCUUGUUGUUGGUAGUAGCCCAGCCAAGACUAAAUGUUGCUCUUUAAUUGAAGGACUUGCUGACCUUGAUGCUGCUGUUUGCCUUUGCACUGCCCUUAAAGCCAAUGUGUUGGGAAUUAACCUCAAUAUCCCACUUUCACUCAGCUUGUUGCUCAACAACUGUGGAAAAUAUGCCCCAAAGAACUUCCAAUGCGCAUAAUGGCCAAAUUUAGUUUCUUUCAGUGUGUUUGGUGUUUUGUUAUUUGUAUGCUAGUUGGAAUUAUAUUUUUAAUUUCUAGUUGGUUAGAAGGGAGGCUAAUUUCCUUGAUCUUAUCGUUGUAAUCCAAUAAUUUUUUUCAUGAAAUAAAUGUCAUAUCUUUUGAAAUUUAUAUGUAA